AUGGCCGAGAAACUGGCGCCCCCGGGGGAGCUGUUCCUGCGCAAGGGCCGCGAGUCCGUCUCCUCCCUCGACGUGGACCGGCUGGCCCCCGGCGAGGCGGCCGGCGAGGAGUCCUCGGACAGCGAUGGCGAGCAGGAGGGCAGCUCCCACAAGCUCAUCCGCAAAGUGUCCACCUCUGGCCAGAUGAGGACCAAGAAGAGUGUGAAGGAGGGACUCCUCUUGAAGCAGACCAGCUCCUUCCAGAGGUGGAAGAGGAGGUACUUCAAGCUGCGAGGACGGACACUCUAUUAUGCCAAGGACUCCAAGUCACUGAUCUUUGAUGAAGUGGAUUUGUCAGAUGCCAGCGUAGCAGAAACCAGCACCAAGAACAUUAACAACAGCUUUACGGUGAUCACGCCGUUCCGAAAACUCAUCUUGUGUGCAGAGAACCGGAAGGAGAUGGAAGACUGGAUUGGUGCCCUGAAGUCUGUCCAGAAAUGGGAAAUCAAUGAGGCCUCCCAGUUCAACAUGGAGCACUUCUCUGGCAUGCACAACUGGUACGCUUGCUCCCAUGCCCGGCCCACCUUCUGCAACGUCUGCCGGGAAGCCCUCUCUGGGGUUACAUCCCACGGCCUCUCCUGUGAAGUUUGCAAGUUCAAAGCCCACAAGCGCUGUGCUGUAAGAGCCACCAACAACUGCAAAUGGACCACCCUGGCCUCUAUAGGAAAUGACAUCAUUGAAGAUGAAGACGGGGUGGCCAUGCCCCACCAGUGGCUGGAGGGGAACCUGCCCGUCAGCGCCCGCUGUGCCGUGUGCGACAAGACGUGCGGGAGCGUGCGGAGGCUGCAGGACUGGCGCUGUCUUUGGUGCAAGGCGAUUGUCCACAGCGCCUGCAAGGAGCAGUUUGGCAAGAAGUGCCCCCUGGGGCAGUACAAGGUCUCCAUCAUCCCCCCCACCGCCCUCAACAGCAUUGACUCAGACGGGUUCUGGAAGGCCACCUGCCCGUCCUCCUGUUCCAGCCCCCUCCUGGCCUUCGUCAACUCUAAGAGCGGGGACAACCAGGGGGUGAAAUUCCUGCGCAAGUUCAAGCAGUUCCUCAACCCGGCACAAGUCUUUGACCUGAUGAAUGGAGGGCCACACCUGGGGCUGCGGCUCUUCCAGAAGUUCUCCACUUUUCGGAUCCUGGUGUGUGGCGGUGAUGGCAGUGUGGGUUGGGUACUCUCCGAAAUUGACUCACUAGGCCUGCACAAGCAGUGUCAACUUGGAGUCCUGCCACUUGGGACUGGGAAUGACCUCGCCCGGGUGCUGGGCUGGGGUAGCCUCUGUGACGACGAUACGCAGCUGCUGCAGGUUCUGGAGAAGCUGGAGCGAGCCACUACCAAGAUGCUGGACAGGUGGAGUGUUCUGACCUACGAGGCUCCCAAGCAGUCCCCACCAGCCAUCAAAGAAGAGGAGAGUGAGGAUUCCACCAUACAGGCUCAGAUCUCUCACUAUGCCGACUCAGUGGCCUUCCAUUUGGCAAAGAUCCUGGAGUCUGACAAACACUCAGUGGUGAUUUCCUCAGCAAAGUUCCUGUGUGGGACGGUGAAUGACUUUGUGGCUGACGUUGGCAAAGCUUACGAGCGGACAGCUGACAGCAAGCAGGAAGCCGACACCAUGGCUCGAAAGUGCGCCAUGCUGAACGAGAAGCUGGACUCGCUGGUGCGCGAGCUCAGUGACGAGUCGCAGGCCAUUGUGGUCCCGGAAGGCACCUCUCCAGCCGCCCUGCCCAGCCCCGAAACCCCGGAGGGCAGCAAAGAGGGCCAGUUCCACCCCAGCCCGGUGCCUCGGAUCUUCAAAUCCAAGGAGCAGCUCAUGCUGAGAGCCAACAGCCUGAAGAAAGCUCUGCGGCAGAUCAUUGAGCAGGCCGAGAAAGCUGUGGAUGAGCAGAACAAGCAGACCCAGGCCUACAGGAGCCUCUCUCUGGCCAGCAAGAAGGACAGCAACGAAGACUUCAGCAAGGAGACGGAAAAGCUUAAGUCCCGUCGGGACACGGUCAUCUCCACCACUUCGUCCAUCAUCCUGGACAGACCCGAGAGCUUCAGCACCGUCCACUUUACAGAGGACCCUGGGGCCAUACAAUUCUCUGAAAGAUGCGUCAUGAAUAAUUAUUUUGGCAUCGGCCUGGACGCGAAGAUCUCUCUGGAAUUCAACAACAAGAGGGACGAACAUCCCAAAAAAUGCAGCAGCCGCACGAAGAACAUGAUGUGGUACGGCGUUCUGGGAACGAAGGAGCUGCUCCAGAGGACCUACAAGAACCUGGAGCAACGAGUCCAGCUCGAGUGUGACGGGGUGCCUAUUUCCUUGCCCAGCCUGCAGGGCAUUGCCGUGCUCAACAUUCCCAGCUACGCAGGAGGCAUCAACUUCUGGGGAGGCACCAAGGAGGAUAACAAUUUUGGGGCUCCCUCCUUUGAUGACAAGAAGCUUGAGGUGGUUGCCGUCUUUGGUAGCAUCCAGAUGGCGGUGUCGCGGGUCAUCAACUUGCAGCAUCACCGAAUCGCCCAGUGCCGGAUGGUAAAGAUCACGAUUCGGGGAGAUGAAGGCGUCCCGGUGCAGGUGGACGGGGAAGCCUGGAUUCAGCCUCCAGGCAUGAUCAAAAUCCAGCACAAGAACCGCGCUCAGAUGCUGACGAGAGACCGGGCUUUUGAGAGCACCCUGAAAUCGUGGGAGGACAAGCAAAAGGGCGAAGGCUACCGAGCCACGUCCCGCCCCCGCCUCAGCUCCCAGCAGUCCAUGGAGUACUUGACAGAUGAGGAGUACAGCCAGAUGCAGCAGUUGGCCCAAGCCACGGAAACCCUCAUUAGCAGGAUCCGUGAUGCUGCCAAAACACGCAGAGCCAUUGAGCAGGAGUUGGCGCAUGCCGUGAACUGCAGCGCUCUGGCGCUGAACGAGGCCCUGCCCAGCAAGAGCAGUGGCGGCGGCCCAGAGUUUCUGAGCAGGAGCACCGCUGUGGAAGUGACAGUCAGUGUGAAGGCCCUUUAUGCCGAAACCCACGCUUUUUUGGAAGGCAAACUGCAGCUGGACUCUCCGCAGCAAGAGGAAGGCCUCCAGCACGCCCUGAGCGCUGUCAGCCAAGAAUUGCAGAAACUCUCUGAGAUCCACUGGAUGGCGCCAAUUGUCAACUCUGCUGAGGAGGGCAUUAACCAGGAGAGCUCUGGGAGCAGCAACAAGGGCAGCCUGAAACUGCGGAUCAACCUCGCUAAGCCGAAAAAGGAGAAGGAGAAGCUGCAGAAGCAGAGGUCCAGCGGCGUCACCCCAGUGGACAAUUGGGGCCCUGAGGAAGUGGCGGCCUGGCUGGAGGCGCUUGAUUUAGGGGAAUACAAAGAGAUUUUUAUGCGCCACGACAUCCAGGGCUCCGAGCUGAUCCUGCUGGAGAGAAGAGACUUGAAGGACCUGGGGAUAUCAAAAGUGGGCCAUCUGAAGAGGAUUCUCCAGGGCAUUAAAGACACCACCAGCCAGCUCUAGAAACGUUCCUCUCGACCCAAAAAGGAAGCUGCACUCAGGCACUCGAGGCCCUUUCCCCACCACCACCCAUUAUCAUUGGCAGCUACGGGCUGGGGUGGGUGGAGCUCUUUGCAUCUGGUUAGACUGCUGGGCAUGGCCUGAACCAGGGCACCCUGGGAAUUUCAUGAAAGGACAAUUUCCCGUGCAUCCCAUGCCAAGAGUUUACAUUUCCAUGUUUGCCAAAGAUUGUGGCUUCGCUGUGCUAGCCCUGCGCCCUCCAGUCUCAUCCUCCUCUUCCUCCAUCUCCGUGUGCU